AUGGAUAAUGGCCAGUACCAUCACAUGUCUCAAGGCUUUAGGGCAAGAGUGGAAUUUCCUCCUCAGGUGCGUUCACCACUACCACCACCAUCUAAUGUGUUGCAUCAGCAAGUACACAUUCCAUAUGAUUCCUCACAAUGUAAUGCUCCUCCACUCCCUCCCCCUCCUCUUCCACCUCCUCCAUUAGUGCCCAAUACAUUCCAAAACAAGAGAACUACAGGUGCUGCAAUAAGCCAGUCAACUACGUCACCCAAUUCAUUUCAAGGUCCUAGCUAUCCUACACCAGACUUCACUCGACCGCCUCCAUCCUUUUGCCCUUAUGAAAAAGAUAGACAGGGAGUGAGCCAUGGUGUUCAACAGGGUGUGAAUGCUGUAGUUACCCAACAAGAUUAUGGAUGCCGUAGCAUGAUAACUCAUCAGAGUUUUGGGUUCUCAACUGCUUCUUUACCCUCAGGGGUUGCAUCUAAUCAGCUGACACACAAUGUUCCAGGUAAUGAUGGUAGGAAUACCAUGAAUUCCAGUUGUUCUCAGCAUACUCUUAGGAUUGUCAGCACUUAUGAGGGAGCUAGCAGCUUUGAAAAGCAAGAUGAUCAGAUGUGGCUAGGAAAUUUUGAGCAGCGAGUUUUAGAAAGAAAUGGAGAACAAAAAGAGUGUGGUACUUCAAAAAAGAAGCCAAUAAAGCUAAUAGAAAUUCAGCAGAUGGUCAGUCGAUCUCGAAUGUUAACCGACAGGUUGAUUCAGCUGAAGGAGAGGGUUAACCUCAUUCAAAGUGAUGAAGGCCAUUGCUGGUGGGAGCUUAUAACUCAGAUAGAAAAAAUUAAGGUAGAAUUAGAUGGCAUCACACAAAAGUUCCAAGACCCGCUGUUCCUUAAAGAUGUCCGUAGACUGAUUCACCAACGCAGAAAGAAAAGGGCUAAAGUGAAGAAACGACAUAAAUUAAGAGUUAAAGAAAAGAAAGAACAGAAGGAGUUGUGGAAGAAAGAGGAAGAAAAAAUAGAUGCAUGGCGAGAGAGAAUACGACAAGUAGAGGAGGAUAAAAGGCGAGAAAUAGCAGUAAAAAUGGAAGCUGACACCAUAUUAGGAGAAGUUCGCCAAAAACAGGUUGAUGUAGUAAAGAUGCAACAGUUAUUAGAGAGCCUGAUUUCGCUACGUAUUGCUCGUCUGAACAAAGGAGCUGCCCAUGGUUUUGUUGCAACUCCUCAGCAGGAUCAUCUGUUUACAAUGACCAUUAGUAAAGAGCCUAAAGAUACUGUUAGUAAGUUGGAGUCUGCAAUUAAGAAGAUCUUUUUUGGAGAAAUGGCUUCCACUGACCAGAUCUAUGAUGAGUAUACUGCUGCCGAGCAUUGUUUAGAAACUCUUGUGAAGCGAAGAAAUGAAUGGGACCAGUUCAUUUGUAAUGAAGAACUGCCACUGGCAUCAUCUGUUCCUCUCUCUUGGGUCAUACCUCCAAGUCAUCCUGCUCCUGGAUGGGAGAAGUUUCAAGGUCAAGAUUGAAAGAUUUACACAGUAUUUUUUCUUUGGUCCUAAUUAAUGUACUUGGGAGCUGUGCUGUAUCUCUUGAAUAACCCUACACUUAAAGGUAGGUAUAGGUCCAACUCACUAAGAUUAAAUUUUUUCUUUUUUCUUUUUUACAGUACAGUGGUCAGUGACCAAAAAUGUCUUUGCCAAUCUAUUAUCUUACUAUCAUUUCUUGAUUUUAAAUACGAGAUGUAUUUAUUCAGUUGAAUUAUAGUUUUUCUACAUAUAAAUGAAUAAUCUUAUAACUAAUUAUAUGUAGUUGUGAUUUAUUUUGUAUUUCUACAUUUUUUUACAAAAGUUGAUAAUGAAAAACUCCCAACUCCCAAAUUAUACAAGAUAAUGGGAUGAAUUUUUAUUUAUAAUGAGAUUAUGUAAUUUAAAGUGAAGAAGGGUAAACACACAUGUAAUUACCCCUCCAAGGCACACUAGUUUUUAAAGAAUACUGUAGCAUGUAUAAUUAAUUAGCUUGUUGUGAGUGGAUGAAUAUAUUCCUUUGGAUGAAGAAUUUGUAAUAUUUACAGGUACACUUUAUAUUAAGGUUAUAAUAAUGGAGUGCUAAAAUAGAAUGUUUAGUGCAAAUAUCCAGAAAAUAUGUACUACUGUAGUUUGUAUUACACAUGGUUAUACAUAAAAUGUUACAGUACUGAGUGUAGCAUUAAACUGCAUUGUGCUCUGAAUAGUUAUAACUACUGGAAAACAAAUAAAAUAUCCUGCUAAAAAAAUGAUGCACGGGUGUCCUACUGAAUAGUGAAGAUUCAUCUUCACAUCUCAGAUUACUAUUUUUAAUAAUAAAAAAAAAGUUAAAUGUAAAAUGUUACAUUACUAAUGUUUUAUCAUCAAUAUUUGACAUUAACUGUGAAUUUUUUGCUGUAAUAUCUUAUUUUAUGGUUGUCUGUUAUUUGCCCCUACUGACCUGUCUUUUUAUCACCGGCUUAUUAAAAUUUUAGGUUGUAUAAUCUUAAUUGGAUUUUGAGGCUAUGCAGUUGGAGCUUAAAAUGUUCAAGCAAAGAUGCAGUAUAUUAAUACCUUAAAACAUUUCUCUGUGUAUUUGAAUACAUGUUUAUCUCUAUUUAUUAUUUUUUAAUGACCGAUUUCUUCAUUUCUAAUACAUUUUUGUUACUUCUUUCAAAUGAAAACUGUAUUCUUUAGAAGCUUGAAUUUCAAGUCAUGGCCCCUGUGGGCUCAUGUUCUGAAUAAUAAAUAUGUCUUCAAACAAAUGAUUUCUCAUCAAGUAUAGUAUGAAAUAGGCACAGCAUUGUAUAGUAAACUGAAGUUGUAUGGGAAGAAAGACUGUCAAUAAAUUGGCUAUUAAAUAUUGAAACUAAAUAUUUAAUCUUGGAUGGACAGGAGCUUAGUGCUUCAUGGUUCUAUCUAAAACUUAUGAUGUUGACAGUUUGUUACUUACCUGUAGUCCAUAAGCUUAUGAUGUCUACUUGUAAUAUAGUACUCGUAGGUAUGCUAGAUUGUUGCAUUUCUUUAAUUAUAUUAUUUAAUGGUAAGUCUAGACGAUGCAAUAUUUAUCUAAGUGAUCUCUCAUCAAAUUAAUCUGUAUGACUUUUGUCAGGUUUCUGUCAAUAGAAUCAACGAUGUUCUUGCAAAUGUGUAAGUAAUCCAGGAUACAGAAUUUUAUUUUCAUGUUAAAAAGUUUACAUUUCAAUUGCAACUUACGGAAAUAAGUGAACUGUUCUGCACUAAUAAAUUUUAGUUGAAUUUUACAAAAAGUAAAUAGCUGAACAUGUAAGGUUCUUAAUAAAACAAUUAUUAAUUCUAUACAUCUAUUUUGGGAAUGCAUCUCAUGAAACACUGCUAACUAGGUUAAUAAAGAGUGAAUUUUAACAAAAUCAAUAAAUCAUAAAUACAAUUGAUAAGAUUUACCAUGUAAAGAACAAUUUACCAUAUAAAGAACAAUCAACCUUAAGUAAUUUAUUUAAAUGCACAAAGCUCUCCAUAUCCAUGUAGGGCCAUUAACCUGGUAUUCCAGUUACAUUUGUAACCAUCCUCCUGCUCCAGCAGUUUAACUUAUACGGAGUUCCCCAAUGGACUGUUCCAAUGACUGCAAUGAAAAUGGUAAGCAUCAUAAUUGUAUACAUACAAUAAACAAUUUAAUGAAA